CCUUUUUUGUUUUGUAGCUGGCAGGACUGGGGAAGGGAGUACUUGGAAAUGAUAGCUGUGCUAAGACAGAGUCAUUGAAAGAGUUUGCAAACAGUACAGAGGAGGAGGGUGGUGGUGUCAUGGCUGCAGAUGAAGGCUUGUCUGAGAAGUCGGAAGCUGAAGUCAGUCAAGUGUUUUGUGGAGAAGCCAAUGGUUCUUGCAUAAGUGAUGUCAAGAGCUAUCUGAACUCUGUUAAAAACACUCAGGAUAAUUUAAGGUUAACACAGCAAGACUUUCUAAACAGAAUAGCAGAAAAUGGAAUUUCAGAAAAGGAGAGUGAUGGUGCAAGGGAAAACCACAUCCAUACAAAUGAUCUUACGCAGACUUCUGUGAUGGGAAGCAAUGGUUACAUUUUAACUAAUCAAUUUGCACAGGAACAGGCCACAAGGACUAGCAGUGUGCCAGUACCAGCUGGAGCUUCUUUCAUUGGCCAUGCUGCUAAAACUCUGUGCUCUACAGGUCUCAAAAUCAAACCCCCAGGAAUACUAAAGACUGAUGCAUCCCAUGGGCAUUCCACGAUGCCAACCCAAUCUGAGGAAGACAUGAACAUUGCUGAAGACACUAAAACAGCUGCACAGCAGGUCUUAAAUGCUGAUGUUAAAGUUCAUAGAGCAAGAAAGACCAUGUCUAGAACUGGUAUAGCACAGAUCUUUACUAAAGACCUGAAAAUAAUUAAAGAUGUGAGGGAGAGCAAAGAUGAAAGUCCCAACAGUAACCUAGAGCCUGGAAGAUUACAGCUGCACAUACCCCUGUCGCAAACAUCAGAACAAGCACUACCUCAGAACCAGAACACCGCUGGGGGUGUAAAGCCAUCAGUUACUGUAGUUUAUCGAAGGAAAAAAAGGAAAAUGGGUAUUUACAGUCUUGUUCCCAAGAAGAAGAACAAAGCUUUAAAACAGCGAACUGUAAUUGAAAUGUUUAGGACUAUGACGCAGCCCCCUUUAGUGUCAAAGGAUGAGAUUCCCCAUACUGAAACCCAUGCUCACAUCAAUGGCGAGACUGUUGAAAUGGAGUCGGAAGAUGAUGAGACUGAUGAAAUGGAUCAGGAAGAGGAAGAGGAGGACGACCGCACUGCUGAACUUCGGGAGAUGGAGUCAUCAAAUAUUUCAUCAGUAUUAAAUGAACAUAUUUCCAAAGAGAAUGAACUAGAUUCAGACAAGUCUAAGAAGGUAAGUGGAGAUGUGGCUUUUGAUGAGAUUCCCCAUACUGAAACCCAUGCUCACAUCAAUGGCGAGACUGUUGAAAUGGAGUCGGAAGAUGAUGAGACUGAUGAAAUGGAUCAGGAAGAGGAAGAGGAGGACGACCGCACUGCUGAACUUCGGGAGAUGGAGUCAUCAAAUAUUUCAUCAGUAUUAAAUGAACAUAUUUCCAAAGAGAAUGAACUAGAUUCAGACAAGUCUAAGAAGGUGGAAGAUCAGGGCUCUGAAGAAGAGUUUGAAUCAGUCGAGGAAGAUGAUGAUGAUGACGAUGAUGGUGAUGAGUCUGAUCUGAGUUCUGAGUCUAGUAUCAAGAAACGACUUAUGAAAAAGAAGGUGAGUGAUGGUCCAUGGUUGAAACCAACCAGGAAGAGAAGACGAAGAAGUCGAAAGUCUGCAAUCGAAAUGGAGGGUCAGGAGACCAAUAAAGAAUACACAGAAGUUCCCCUUGAUUCACUUGGCCUUAAUGUGCAUGGACUGUUGUCGUCACAUUCCAAAGAACUUACAAAUGACGCUGAACCAGCUGAACUUGAUGGUCUUCAGGAACUGCCACUUUGCAGCUGUCGAAUGGAGACACCCAGAAGCCAAGAGACUGAUGUAAUAGUUAACGACAAAUGCAUGGCAAUUGAACGUGCUGAUACACAGUUAAGUCGUUGUACAAGUAGUGUAAGUAAACAAGAAAUGAUGCGACCAUCCAACAACGUACAGCUCAUGGUACUGUGUGAAGAUCACCGAUGUAAAAUAGUGAAACAUCAGUGUUGUCCAAGCUGUGGUUACUUCUGUGCUGCUGGCACUUUCAUGGAAUGCCAACCAGACAGCACCAUCUCACAUCGAUUUCACAAAGGUUGUGCUACCAGGGUGAAAGGAGCAACAUAUUGUCCACAUUGUGGAGAAGAGGCUUCUAAAGCAAAAGAGGUCACUAUUUCAAAGGCAGAUUCUACCUCCAUGAUUCCUGUUACUUCAGAUGAUGAAAAUGCUGUGACAUUGGAUAGCAAAACUGAUGGUGCUGAAAGCUUGACAGAAAAUGAAUCUGAGUCUCCUUGUGGUAAAGUCACAGAUGAUUCUGACUUAUCUGGGUCGUCGUCUACAUUCCGGCCUGGAAUUUUAUCAUCUAUGUCAUCCUUUCACCAAGGACCAUCUAAAGAGACACUUGAAAGUGCUCUUAUCGCUUUGGAUUCUGAGAGACCAAAGACUUUGGGAUUCCACCCAAGUGAAAUCUAUUUCGUCAAACUUCAGGGCUCACUCCACAAGAUCAUGCUAAGGUUACUGGAUGGGAUCGACCCUAAUUUCAAGUUGGAUACACAGUGCAAGAGAACCCCUCUUCAUGGUGCAGCAGAAACUGGGCACACAGACAUCUGUCACUUACUAGUACAGGCUGGUGCAAAUCUUGAUUCUUGUUCUGAAGAUCAGAAAACGCCACUUAUGGAAGCAGCAGAGAAUAACCACCUCGACACUGUGAAAUACAUAGUGAAGUCAGGAGCACUGGUAGACCUUAAGGAUGCUGAAGGGUCUACCUGCUUGCACCUAGCAGCUAAAAAAGGACACUUCGAAAUUGUUCAGUACCUUCUGUUAUCUGGACUAGCAGAUGUCAACUGCCAGGAUGAUGGAGGCUGGACACCUAUGAUCUGGGCUACUGAGUACAAACAUGUGGAACUGGUGAAACUGUUACUCUCCAGAGGGUCGGAUAUCAACAUUCGGGAUAAUGAGGAGAACAUCUGUUUACACUGGGCAGCUUUCUCAGGAUGUGUUGAAAUUGCAGAAAUAUUGAUUGCAGCCAAAUGUGACCUGCAUGCUGUAAACAUACAUGGUGACUCCCCAAUGCAUAUUGCUGCCAGAGAGAAUCGUUAUGAAUGUGUGACACUAUUCAUGUCACAUGGUUCUGAAGUUAACUUGAAGAAUAAGGAAGGUGAAACACCUCUCGAGUGUGCCAGUCUGAAUUCUGAAGUUUGGAUGGCUCUUCAUUUGAAGAAAAAGGAAAAAGAUGGAAUCCAUGAGCAGCCCAGUGACCACGAAAAGACAAUUUGCAGAGAUAUAGCCCGUGGUUAUGAACGAGUGCCAAUCCCAUGUCUCAACACUGUGGAUGAUGAGCCAUACCCUACAGAAUACAAGUAUGUUUCACAGAAUUGUGUGACGUCACCUAUGAACAUUGAUAGGAACAUCACCCAUUUACAGUACUGUGUCUGCACUGAUGACUGCUCUUCCAGCAACUGCAUGUGUGGUCAACUGAGUUUGCGCUGCUGGUAUGAUAAGGAUGGUCGUCUACUCCCAGAGUUCAAUAUGGUAGAACCACCUCUAAUCUUUGAAUGUAAUCAAGCGUGCUCUUGUUGGAGGACGUGCAGAAAUAGGCUUGUACAGAAUGGACUCAGGAUACGACUGCAACUUUAUCGGACACAGAAAAUGGGAUGGGGAGUACGAACACUACAAGACAUUCCCAAAGGAAGCUUUGUUUGCGAAUAUGUUGGAGAGUUGAUAUCAGAUGCAGAAGCAGAUGUUCGAGAAGAUGAUUCCUAUAUCUUCGACCUUGAUAAUAAGGAUGGAGAAGUGUACUGCAUCGAUGCACGUUUCUAUGGUAACAUCAGUCGUUUUAUAAACCAUUUGUGUGAGCCAAAUGUCAUCCCUGUGCGAGUUUUCACAUCACACCAGGAUCUUCGGUUUCCAAGAAUUGCUUUAUUUAGUAGUCGAGACAUCCAGUCUGGAGAGGAGUUAGGGUUUGAUUAUGGGGACAGGUUUUGGGACAUUAAAAACAAGUAUUUCAGCUGCCAUUGUGGAUCACCUAAGUGCAGGUAUUCUGCAGAAGACACUGUAGAGCAACAGACCAUCACAGCGGAAGAUGCACAAAUAAAUGGAUUGUUUGAAACCAACUCGGCCACUGGAGACAGCCCCUCCUGAGACGCAAGACACUAACUCCCUGUGGAGGGUCACAUCAGACUUGAACAGUUCUGCCAAGUGUUGAAGCAUUUUUAGUCCCCAAGAUACUUUCUGGUGAUCUAGAAUUAAUUUGUUGGUUUGUGAGGUUGUUCAUAGCCCUUCAGGAUUUUGGAUCAUUAACACUUCUGUGUGACAUGAAGGAGAGUAAGCAUGUAAGGAAUUAAAGCUGCGGUGUCCUCUGAAGUUUCCAUUGCCAUUGGUAAUAAUGACAGAGUCCUCACUGGCAACAUGGACUUGGGGAGUGCACUUCAGCACAUUCUGUCCUUUCAGGAACAGUAUCCUUAUAAAUUAUCUUCUUUCAGAAUCACUGUCAAGUGCUGAAGAUUACACAUCAAACCAUUUGUAAAUAAUUUUUUACUGUAUCUUUAAAAGUUCAUCAGAGGACAGUCACAGAAUUGAUUUUUGACAAAAAAGAUGUGAUCAUUACAACUUAAAGAUGUCUUUUUAUUUGAAAGGGGAUCUUGAAGCUUUGCUGCCAUUUCUACCAGACCCAGGACUUGGGUGGGAUGAAUUAAGCAGAGGAUCAAGUCUCUGCAAAGCACCAGCUAAUGUCUUCAUCAAUUAUGUUGAUGCUGGGCAUCUCCAAUUGACAGUGAAGUCAGCUACUGUGAGGUGUAAUAAACUGAUUUAUUUUUUACCCUGCUGAAAACAAAGGGGACAAAUGAAAAAGGUGCUCAAUCUGGUGUGCUUUUUUUACUCACUAAGUGAAUAGAAGUACCAGUUGUAUAAAGAGAACAAAAGUGAUUUUAGUAUGAACUCCCAAAACACACUUUUUUAAAUUGUAGUUAGUAUAGUUAGUGUGAAUGAAUUUGCCGUCAGCUUUUGUGUGAUGGCAAUGAUUUUUUGUUUUGCAUAUUACCAUUUUUAAAUACUGUAAUUAGUCGGUAACCAUUUAUGUGCAAGUCUAAACCAUCCGUAGCCCUGUCAUAUUUUUAUUUCUGUUACAGUGUUUCUGACAGUUUCAAUGGCACCAUUUUGCUCAGUCUCAUUACUUUGUCUUUGUUUUUCAGUAUGUUUCAGCCAUUUUCAAUAAAAUCGGACUCUUUAAUGAUAAA